AUGGAUGCAAGCAACCAUGACAUGAUGGGUGUACUUGCUCGAGAAAUGGAUUCGAUUUUUUCUCCCUUAAUAACAAACAUUACUAGGACUAACUUGGAUAAUGUGGAGACAUAUCAACGAAUAUCCACACUAAUGGGGCGUAUAGCAGAUUUCUUUGGGGCCCCUCAAACGUCUACCAGACGAAGAAACAACCAGGCUGCCAUUCAGGCAGACGAAUCAAUCUUGGAACUUGUCUUAGAUCCAGUUCGACCACCUAGGCAAAGGCUUGGUGAGAGAAAUCAGGCGAUUGAUUUAGAAAAUCAAAACCGAAGAACCAAUACUAUUCAACAGGAAGUUCCUGAAGAACAGCCUAGGGUAGUUAUGGUCAAUAGGGAGCAAAAUGCAGAUGAAGUAAUACACAGGGUUAGAAGAGACAAUAUGGCGACAGAAAAUAACUUAACAACCCUGAUCGAAAGGAUUAUGGCUAAUAAUGGUCUUAAUACUGGACUUCGACGUCCAAACUACACUUCCCCUGUAGCAGACUAUAUUUUGCAAACUGAAUUACCUAGAGGUACCAAAGUGCCCAAGUUUCCAAAAUUUUCAGGGGAUACUAGUGAAUCAACCGUCGAACACAUAGCCCGAUAUUUAACAGAGGCAGGUAACUUAAGAAUUAAAUAUUUCCCUAGUUCAUUAACAAAAAAUGCUUUUACAUGGUUCACCACCUUACCUCCAAACUCCAUAGAUACUUGGGCUCAUCUUGAGAGAAUGUUCCAUGAACAGUUUUACAUGGGAUAA